AGUAAGCUAAAUCAAACAGCGAAAAUGUACAAAUUAGUACAAAAUUAGAAAUAGAGAAAUAGUGUCAAAAACAUCCAGGAGAGAGAGAGAGAGCGGAGAAAAAAAAAACAGUUAAACCUGAAGGGCUUGUCAAGCUAAAAGACUUUCUGUAUUUUGGAAAAUCAAGUUAUUUUGUCUGGUUUUCGACUGCUCUUCAAUCUGGGCUCACUAUUUCUUGCUUUCAAAGCAGUUCAGUUGAGUUGGAAAGGGAUCUCGUUUACAAAGCCGUUGCUGAAUAACAAUUCUGAGUGAAAGACGCUGAAGGAGAAUUUUCAAGAUUGCAAUUGAAUCCGAUACUUCAAAGAAAAAGAUGACGACUCUUAACCUUUCCGAAAAAUCGAUAAAUAUGUCUGCCACAAGAGAAUUAGCUUCAAAAUCUUUGGUACAGUUGUAUUACAGCUUGCUUCUAUCUGCGGGACUUUAUCUCUCUUUACUGGCUUUCACUACGACCUGCGCAAAUGGUCUCCUUCUCUGGACCAUAUACAAGAACUCCAAGCCUUACUUCAGAAAGCCUGUCACUGUUUUGAUUGCUGCAUUAGCCUUAGCGGACUUUUUGAAUGGGUUAAUAAUAGAUCCACUCUAUGCGAGUAUCUACUUCUCCUUGUAUUUCAAAUCCAUAUCUCGGAGUGCUUAUCACAGACUAGCUGAAGUAGGCAUGGUGUUUUCUGUAAUCACCAUGAAUGCUUCGUAUUUGAUAGUCUUAACUUUAUCCUGCACACAACUCAUAGCUAUUUCUUUCCCUUACAAACAGAGAACUCUCAUUACUAUUAGGUCUGUAAGUUUUGCUGUCGUUCUAGUCCUAGCGUAUUCUAUUUUAUUUGCAUUGUCGUAUAUCAUGGGGAUUCCUGUCAACCUUUUCCAGAAACUUGAAGUAUUUUUGAACAUGACUGGAAUAACUGUUGUCCUGAUAGCUGCUUAUGUUUGCUUACAAAUUUCAUACACAAGGCAAAGAGGCAAGUUUCGUCGACUGAUGACUGCCAGCAAAAUCCAAGGCCAAGAGGAAUCGCGCGUUCAUCGUGACCCUAAUUCGGUAGCCGGUAGCAGAAAGGUUCUGAUGGUAAACCUUUUGCUCAUUGGCUGUUUAUUGAUAACAAGUCUGCCUGUCACUGUGAUUUGGUAUCUUAGGCUUUUUUCCAUAAAGCUGCGCACAGAAUCUCAAAUGUUGGCUUAUCGAAAUGUGGCUCUUGUUGUUGAUAAUUUUCUAUUCUUGAAGUUCCUUGUGGAUCCAUUCAUCUACGCUUGGCGCAUGCCCAAGUACCGCAAGGCUCUAAGACAAACAAUCAACUUUCUGUUUAACUGUCAGGCGCGUUCCGCAAGGAGACAGGGAUCCAAUACUCAAAACUCACUAGGAACGAUGAUACACAUGCUUAGCCAUAGGAGAAUGAGCUCACGACAAACCAGGAGUUUGCGAGAGGUCGUCGAGGAAGACGCUGUAUAACCACCAUUGUUAACGAACUGUCGCGAGGGCACGUUAACGGUCUUCUGGCCACUUCACAAUGUUGUAAACCUUGUCUCAAGCAAGCGGAUGUUCGAUAUGUGAUGUUUGUCUAUAGAAAUCUUGCUCUAAAUUUUUAUCUUGGGGUCAAAACAAUUAAAAAUCAAUGACAAAAUGGUUCAUGAGAAGGGAAUUCAAAUAGAAUCCUAAUAGUAGACAGUUGCUAUGGACGUGAUACUGAGGGGAGUGGGGGGAGGGGUUGUAACCCAGGACAAUAAGGCGCAAUAAGAUAUGUGGCAAGAGACCAUCAUGAAGGACUAGUUCCUCAUUAUCACGGUCCCUUGGAUCUGGCUACUGAUCUUACUGUGGGAUUUACAGGGUCGUGCAUGGUCCAGGCAGGUGAAAUUAUGAAAUAAACCCAGAGAAAUUUUUCUCUUCA